AUGGCAAGCGCAGCCCAUUGCCUCAUGUGCUUUGAAGCCCUCGACGCUCACCUGGAGGACCGGAAGCCCCUCUCCCUCGGCGAGAUCGAGUCCUCGUGGGCGCUCUACACAAGCUCCGUCUCCGACUCGGAACCCGGCGUGUCCAGCGGCAGCAGCGGCAGCAGCAGCAGCAGCAACGCCCCGGCUCUCAAGGCCCCAGCCCUCCGCCGUCUAGCCGCCGACUCCGACUCCGCCGAGUCCUCGUCCUCGGCCUCGCCCGCGUGGUCGUCGUCCACGCCCGCGACGUCGACAUCCUCGCUGUCGCUGGGCGCCCCCUCGGCCCCGCUGUUCGUCACCUGGAACACCGUCUCGGGCCACGACGUCUCUCUGCGCGGGUGCAUCGGCACCUUCGAGUCCCAGCCCCUCAGCGUCGCGCUGCCCGAGUACGCGACCAUCUCGGCCCUCCAGGACACGCGCUUCUCGCCCAUUGCCAGGGAGGAGCUGCCCGAGCUCCAGGCCGCCGUGACGCUGCUGACCGACUUCGAGGAGGCCGACGACGCCUACGACUGGGAGGUGGGGCUCCACGGCAUCCGCCUGUCCUUUGUCGACAGGGGGCACCGCUACGGAGCGACGUACCUGCCCGACGUGGCUUCCGAGCAGGGCUGGACGCAGGACGAGGCGCUCUACAGCCUCGUCCGCAAAGCGGGCUGGAUGGGCGGCCGCUCAAGGUGGAAGUCGCUGGCGCUCAAGGUCACGCGCUAUCAGGGCAAGAAGGCGAGCUUGGAUUACCCCGAGUACAAGAAGUGGAAGGACUGGGUUGCCAGCAGGCAGUGA